UAUAAGCAUUGCAUUUUUAACUCUGAGAAAAGAGGGGAACUUCUCAAACAUUAUCGUUUGAAACAUGGUGGUGUCAACAUUUAAUUCAGCCCAGCCAACUGAAAUCCGAACCCUUGUGCUUCAAGGACUACCUGUCAUACCUGGAGACGAUGACUUUCCUUUCUUUAAGUCAGGUUUAGUGUCUGAUCAUCGCAACUCUAUCCUUGAUGUGCCAGUGGGGAUCUUAUUCGAGGGCACCGAUCUUCAGCCCCCCAACUCCUUGCAUUUGUCUUCCUCUAUUGGGAUAAUACUUGAAGGCCAGGUGGUGAUGGACAACAUGCAGGACCUCUCGCAAGCAAUGUGUCUUCUCUUUGGUCUUAUUUAUGCAUUAGACCUGAAUAUCCCCAAAUCACUCACAAACACGUUUGAUUUCAUACAGUGUGUACUGAUGUCAAUGGAGCAGAACACCCUCAAGCCUAAAGUACAGUCUUUGGCAAACCAGCUUUUUUAUUUAAGAAAAAUGUUUAGGUCUGACAAACAGCAGCACAUCUAUAUUGCCAAAGCUACAGGCUGUGUAAGGAAGAAGAUCUUCAUCAUCACCUCUCGUGCCAUUAUCCCAUUCUCCAUUCCUGCUCUGGAUUCUCCAUCUGGUGUUAUUAAGGCGAUCAUUCGAUCUGUGUUUAUCAGAAGAGAACCUCAGUUACACUCGAUUGAAGGAGAUGGGAGGAAAGAGAUAAGGGAGAGAUAA